UUCCGAUCUGCCACACACUUCCAACAUGAAGCUCCUUGUUCUUCUCUUCUUCAUAUCCCUCGCGGUCAGCGACAUCCUCCACCCAUGGACCUCUGCCUCUGGUAUAUCUGAUGCUCUUGAAGCACGUGACAAUGACCACGAUUCCACCGUGCGAGCCAUCGACUUCAUCCCCAUGGACUGUUUCACCGAUGAUGAUUGCAAAAGUAACCCCAAGGGUCACGUCUGCGUCAGCCACAUCUGUGUCCGCUCUCGUCCUGUCCUCACCGAAACUCUUCACCCCGAGUCUCGUGAUCCCACUGACCCUAACUGCCACAACGAUCGUGACUGCCAGGGGGGCUAUUGCUACAAUGGCAUCUGCAUUGCAGACCCUCCUCCAGUGAUGCGCUUUGCCCGUCGCUCCCCUGCUGAUCCUAACUGCCACAACGAUCGUGACUGUCAAGGCGGUUACUGCUACCGCGGCAUCUGCAUUGCAGACCCUCCUCCACCCCAGUUUGAGACUCGUGCUCCCACUGACCCUAACUGCCACAACGACCGUGACUGUCAAGGCGGUUACUGUUACAAUGGUAUCUGCAUUGCAGACCCUCCUCCAAUGAUGCGCUUUGCCCGUCGCUCCCCUGCUGAUCCUAACUGCCACAACGAUCGUGACUGUCAAGGCGGUUACUGCUACCGCGGCAUCUGCAUUGCAGACCCUCCUCCACCCCAGUUUGAGUCUCGUGCUCCCACUGACCCUAACUGCCACAACGACCGUGAUUGCCAGGGUGGCUACUGCUACAAUGGUAUCUGCAUUGCAGACCCUCCUCCACCCCAGUUUGAGGCUCGUGCUCCUUCUGACCCUAACUGCCACAACGACCGUGAUUGCCAGGGUGGCUACUGCUACAAUGGUAUCUGCAUUGCAGACCCUCCUCCACCCCAGUUUGAGGCUCGUGCUCCUUCUGACCCUAACUGCCACAACGACCGUGAUUGCCAGGGUGGCUACUGCUACAACGGCAUCUGUGUAGCUGAUCCCCCCCCUGUGCUCUAGGUUCGUUAGAAGAUGCAAAGGAGAACCAGUACUGCUGCCCAAAGGGUACUCGAUCGUAGCUACUGCAUGCGUCCUUUGACUGUAUUGCUCCUCAUCAUCCAGCUGGAUUGGGCGAGAUGGACUUGUUUACUGGCAUGGUGUUUUCUGCAGCGUUGUCGUUACUUUGUUACUUAUGACUUGUUAUGUUUCCACAGAACGCACAAUUGAGAUGGAUGGAUGGAUGUACUUAGCUGAGCGGCC